UGCGGCCCCCGGCCUGGUGCUGACGGGGGGGUUCGACACCCUGCUGCGUCUCUGGAGGGUCGACGUGCCCGACGUGAACGGGCAGCUGCUGCAGGAGGUCGAAGGUCACCGCAGCUUCAUCAACUCACUCUGCUUCGACCCCACAGGACGCAGGAUGUUCUCUGCUGAUAACUCAGGCCUGAUCCUGGUGUGGAAGACGACAGGAAGUGAAGGAAAGAAGAGUCUGCUGAGUCAGCGCUGGGUGGUGGAGAAGGAGAUCUCAGAGAGCGACCUGCUCGGCGUCCCCAUCAACAAACUGCAGCUGCAUCCCAACGGACGCUGCCUGCUGAUCCACGCCAGAGACAGCGUGCUCCGGGUGAUGGACCUGCGCAUCCUGGCGGUGAAGCGCUACAUCGGGGCCACGAACUACCGAGAGAGGCUCUGCAGCACCUUCACCCCCUGUGGGAGCUUCCUGUUUUCAGGCAGCGAGGACGGCAUGGCCUACGUCUGGAACACCGACACCGGAGACCAGCUGGCGGUGUACUCGGAGCUGAGUUUCUCCACCGCGCUGCACGGGGUCUGCUUUCACCCCCACGAAAACAUGGUGGCCUUCAGUGCCUUCGGACAGGAGCAGCUGAUCCACCUCUACCUGCACGACCGCACAGUGUCCCAGCUGGAGGGCCAGAGUCUGAAGGCCAGCAGCAGGUCGUCCUCUGCAGACCCCCGGACCCCCCCCCCCCCCCCCCUGCAGGACUCCAUGGAUCAGCUGAUCCUCACCACCAGGCUGGCUCUGAAGAUGCAGAGCGUCAAGCAGCAGCUCGACUCUGUGCUGGAGACUCCUCGGUCCUCUCUGUCCGGACACAACGAGCCAGAUAAAAUGAGCUUCAUUCACUCAGGGAGGAGCUUCACCCCUGACUCUGUCACAACGGGGUUAAACUCUUCGCUGCCCCCCCCCUCCUUCCUCUCUCCUCACGCCAAACUGCAGAUCUCUGGAUCUGUGGCCGAGACGCUGAUCCCUCUGGCCUCGCUCAGCACUCAGCAGCGAGGCUUCAGUCCAGUGGGUCAGCGUCUGAGAGGAGCCCCGUCCUCCAGGCUGCACACGAGCGUCUCGGACCGUGUCUCUGCAGGAGGACAUGUCUCUGCAGGAGGACAUGAGACAGAGUCAGCUGAUCAACAGGUGGUGGUGUCUCUGUACGACUACAGGGCGUCCCGCUCUGACGAGCUAACGCUGCGCCGCGGGGACGAGGUCCAGGUCCUCUUCAGGGACAACGAGAACUGGUGGUUCGGGCGGCUGUCUGACGGACAGCAGGGAUACUUCCUGUCCUCAUACGUCUCCGACCAGAGAGACGAGGAGGGGGCUCCGGCUGCUGAGGAGACCGAGAGGAAGACUCCCACCAGGGUGUCUGCUGCCAUCAGUUCCUCCGGAGAGCUCCGCUUCCUGUCAGAGACAAACGACACAGAGCCAGAGACACAGGACACCAGAGUGAGGAGGAAGAAGAGGGUGAAGAAGGCGGGACUUCCUGCUUCAGACGCUCCUCAGGAGAUGAGCAGGAGGAGAGGAAGAUCAACAGACAGUCCUCUGGCUCACAGACACUCAGGAGGACACAGCAACGCUGCCUUCACUCCAGACACGUAGACUCCAGACACGUACAGACACGUAGACUCCAGACACGUACAGACACGUAGACUCCAGGCACGUACAGACACGUAGACUCCAGAGACGUACAGACACGUAGACUCCAGACACGUACAGACACGUAGACUCCAGAGACGUACAGACACGUAGACUCCAGACACGUACAGACACGUAGACUCCAGACACGUACAGACACGUAGACUCCAGACACGUACAGACACGUAGACUCCAGACACGUACAGACACGUAGACUCCAGACACGUACAGACACGUAGACUCCAGACACGUACAGACACGUAGACUCCAGACAUGUACAGACACGUAGACUCCAGACACGCACAGACACGUAGACUCCAGACACGUACAGACACGUAGACUCCAGAGACGUACAGACACGUAGACUCCAGACACGUAGACUCCAGACACGUACAGACACGUAGACUCCAGAGACGUACAGACACGUAGACUCCAGGCACGUACAGACACGUACAGACACGUAGACUCCAGACACGUACAGACACGUAGACUCCAGGCACGUACAGACACGUAGACUCCAGGCACGUACAGACACGUAGACUCCAGGCACGUACAGACACGUAGACUCCAGGCACGUACAGACACGUAGACUCCAGACACGUACAGACACGUAGACUCCAGGCACGUACAGACACGUAGACUCCAGGCACGUACAGACACGUAGACUCCAGGCACGUACAGACACGUAGACUCCAGGCACGUACAGACACGUAGACUCCAGGCACGUACAGACACGUAGACUCCAGGCACGUACAGACACGUAGACUCCAGACACGUACAGACACGUAGACUCCAGACACGUACAGACACGUAGACUCCAGACACGUACAGACACGUAGACUCCAGACACGUACAGACACGUAGACUCCAGACACGUACAGACACGUAGACUCCAGACACGUACAGACACGUAGACUCCAGACACGUACAGACACGUAGACUCCAGACACGUACAGACACGUAGACUCCAGACACGCACAGACACGUAGACUCCAGGCACGUACAGACACGUAGACUCCAGGCACGUACAGACACGUAGACUCCAGAGACGUACAGACACGUAAACUCCAGAGACGUACAGACACGCAGACUCCAGACACGUACAGACACGUAGACUCCAGAGACGUACAGACACGUAGACUCCAGGCACAUACAGACACGUACAGACACGUAGACUCCAGACACGUACAGACACGUAGACUCCAGGCACGUACAGACACGUAGACUCCAGACACGUACAGACACGUAGACUCCAGGCACGUACAGACACGUAGACUCCAGGCACGUACAGACACGUAGACUCCAGGCACGUACAGACACGUAGACUCCAGAGACGUACAGACACGUAAACUCCAGAGACGUACAGACACGCAGACUCCAGACACGUACAGACACGUAGACUCCAGAGACGUACAGACACGUAGACUCCAGGCACAUACAGACACGUACAGACACGUAGACUCCAGACACGUACAGACACGUAGACUCCAGGCACGUACAGACACGUAGACUCCAGGCACGUACAGACACGUAGACUCCAGACACGUACAGACACGUAGACUCCAGGCACACUUGCCCUGCAGCUGUUCUUAUUUCUGACGUCAGUAUGUUGUGUGAAUACAGAUUCAUGAAUGGACUGUAAAGACGUGCUGAUGAAAUGAUUCAUAAAGAGUUGAGUAAUUCAAAGGUAUGUUUAUCAUAUUGAUCCACCUGCAGGAGGUGAGAGGGUCAGGGCGGCUGAUGGUCUAAACUCUGAAAUAUAUGUUCACAUGUUGCCGUUGGGCAGAUUUAUGAAGUGUGUACAUGUUACCGCUGAUAUAGAGAAACUAGAUGUAUGUCCUCAGCCUGUCAGAGAUUACUCCUCUUCCUCACAGAUAUGCAUUUGUAAAGUACAUCAUGUGAAGGCACAGGUUUGAUAUCAGACUUGUUUUUAUAAUAAAAACACUUGAAAGCGA